AUGAAUUAUAUAAUCAUAGGUCUCACGGGACGCAUUUGGAGCGCGAUUCAAGAGAAUGGUUUCUGCAUAACUGCCGCCAGACUUUUUCGACUAACUAAGGUGGACGCAGCCGAGUUUUUGGAAGUCUACAAGGGGGUGGUGCACGAGUACCCCGAAAUGCUGGACCAAUUGGCUUCUGGCCCCUGUGUAGCCAUGGAAAUCGCUCGCAAUGACGGCACUGAGGAUGUUCAGCAGUCUUUUCGUGAAUUCGUCGGACCAGCAGACCCCGAGAUUGCCCGAUUCCUGCGCCCAGAAACAUUGCGUGCCAAGUUUGGUAUUGACAAGGUAUGCAACGCCGUACAUUGUACGGAUUUACCCGACGACGCUGAGCUGGAGGUGAACUUUUUCUUCCGCGUACUGGACAAAUGA